GAAAACACUCCAUAACUCCAAGGUUCGUGUAUGAUGUUUCUCCAAGAUCAUCCAUGACUUGUUUGACCGGAGUUGACUGAAGGGUAAAUAUCGUGAUUAGAAAAUAGAGAGGAGAUUCAAUUCAAAGUCUAAAUAAGGAGGUUCAUGAGGUGCUUCCAUUUACCAGCACGCCAAGGAAAAUAUAGAAAGAAAGAAACCCCCCCAAUUUGAGAUUGAGAAUUUUACUGGUUAAAUAUACAAGUAAGAAAAAUGAUAAAUUCAAAGUGAGAUGCGUGGUGGACAGACUCAAUUCAGUCACAUGGACAUGGAGUAUUUAUGGGUUGAUUUAGACAUUUCAUGGGAAUUAAAGAAGAUAUUGAACCACCCUUGAAACGUGUGAAAGGGCCCUUAGGAGAAUCAAAGAGUUUGUCCAAAGACUCAUCUGUCACACAAUCUUUAGCUUGCCCUUUGGGAGACAAGAUGGCCUGGCCCUUAACCUCCCAAGGGUAUGAAGAAACGAUAGGUGAAAAAGGCAUCAUCAAAAAAUCAGAAUUCGUCAAAAUCAUAACUAGGGCAUUGUACUCACUUGGUUAUGAUAAGAGUGGGGCCCUUCUAGAGGAAGAAUCAGGAAUAUCGUUGCGCUCAUCAGUCGUAAAUUUGUUCAUGCAGAAAGUGAUGGGUAGAGAGUGGGAUGAAAGUGUGGCCACAUUGCAUAUGAUUGGUAUAUCAGAUGAAAUGACUGUAAAAUCUAUGUCUUUCUUGAUAUUGGAACAGAAGUUUCUAGAGCUUCUACAAAUGGAAAAAGUCAGUGCUGCCUUAAAUACUUUAAGAAAUGAGAUUGUGCCUCUCCAAAUCAAUAUGAGCCGAGUGCAUGAGCUUGCGGCCUGCAUUAUUUCUUUUUCCGAGUCUUCAAUGCUUGGAGUCUCUUAUCGAGAUACUGAUGGAGCAAAGCCAAGGUCAAUAUUAUUGGCAAAAUUGCAAAAGUUACUUCCUGCUUCGGUCAUGAUUCCUGAAAAAAGACUAGUGCAUCUUGUUGAAAAUGCUCUUGAUGUACAACGAGGUUCCUGUUCAUUUCAUAAUAUAUUGGAUAGCAAUCUGUCUUUAUACUCAGAUCACCAGUGUGGUAGAAACCAGAUUCCUUCCCAAACUUUGCAGAUACUGGAAGAACACACUGAUGAAGUUUGGUUUUUGCAAUUUUCACAUGAUGGGAAAUAUUUGGCAUCAUCGUCAAAGGAUCAGUCAGCAAUUAUAUGGGAGGUUAAAGAUGAUGGUCAGGUGUUAAUAAAACAUAAACUAAGUGGACACCAUAAACCGGUGUUGACCAUUUCCUGGAGUCCUGAUGACCACCAAGUUCUGACCUGUGGACAGGAGGAGGUUAUCAGACGUUGGGAUGUUUUUUCUGGGGAGUGUCUUCAUGUUUAUGAAAAAACUGGCGUUGGCUUGAUUUCCUGUGGAUGGUUUCCUGAUGGUAAAGGGAUUUUUGCUGGCAUGACUGACAGAAGCAUCUGCCUGUGGGAUUUGGAUGGGAAAGAGCUGGACUGUUGGAAAGGGCAGAAGACACUUAGGAUAUCAGACAUGGCUAUAACGGAUGAUGGAAAGAAGAUCAUAGGCAUAUGUAGAGAAACAGCUAUUCUUUUACUUGACAGGGAAGCUAACUUUGAGACAUGUAUUGAAGAGGAGGAAGUGAUUACUUCAUUUUUAUUAUCAAAAGACAAUAAGUUCUUGCUGGUUAAUCUUAUAAACCAAGAAAUUCAUCUGUGGAGCAUAGAAGGUGAUCCAAAGGUUGUGUCAAAGUACAAGGGUCACAAACGUGCCCGAUUUGUUAUCAGAUCUUGUUUUGGUGGAUUUGGGCAAGCAUUCAUCGCUAGUGGGAGUGAGGAUUCACAGGUGUACAUAUGGCUUAGAUGCUCUGGAGAACUCAUAUUGGCCUUGCCUGGGCAUUCUGGAUCAGUUAAUUGUGUAAGCUGGAAUCCAGCAAAUCUUCACAUGUUGGCCUCUGCCAGUGAUGAUUUUACAAUUCGAAUAUGGGGUCUGGAUCACUUCAAAAUGAAGCACAGGGACCAGGGCAAUGGUGUCAUUGGCUAUUGCAAUGGAAGCAGUUGCAAGUAACAUUUGCUAUACUUUUAAAAUUCCUUGGAAGUUAUCAGACAUUAAUGUUCUUCUUUAGUUCGUUAACACUUGUGUAAAUUCUUCAAUCAUUUGCUUUUGUUCUUUGCAUCCAUGGUAGACAAAAAGCAAGUCAUUAAUGCGGCUGCUGUCUGCCAACUCUUGGAUCUCGCUCUACUUAUUUUCUGCCUGUAUGCGUAUGGGUCCUAAUUUCUUCACACAAAAUAUAUUGCCCUACUUAAGCUUGUCA